AUGGGAUUAUUAAUUUCUAAAUGCAAAGAGUGUUGUUUCAUCAUUAGAAGCAAGCCCUCUGUCUCAGUAUCUUCACAUUAGUUAGUGAACUUAUCCAAUAAUCCUGCUGAAGAAACAUAAGCAAAAAUACAAGCAUAAUAGAUAAGUUUAUUCCAUCCGAAAUUUAGGUUUUGCACAUGAUCAUAGUCAUUCUAAUGAUUUAUCAUCAUGCUAAGUUGAUAAAAAUGAGGAAAAGAAUGAGAAUGAUCUAACUUUGGAAACCAUUUCUAAUAAAUAGUUAUCCAUCGUAAGAUCACCUUCAAUAAGCUAAGCAGUGCAAUUGAAAGAAGAAGAUAAAUUUAUUCUACAAAAGUAAGACAGAUAGACUUCUGAUGGUGCAAUUCAACUGCAUUAACAGUAAUAAAAGUCAAUAGAAAAUGGAAUUCUAGUUUUCUCUAACAUUGAUUCCAUUCAAUUUGAUGAAUUAACCUUAUAUGUAUAGGAGGCACUUGAGAAAUUUACAGAGUUAGUAGAUGUUAUAGAUGAUAGUGACACUUAUAUUCAGAAUAUCAAUAAUAUUGAGUUGUAUUUCUCGCAUUAUUUUGUGCAAAAGGUCAUGUUCAUUUAAAUUAAGUGUUUAUAUAAUAGUUAUAAUAUAGGUUUCAAUUCGAGUUAAAUACAGAUAUCAAUAGAUUCCUUAAAUGGUCAAAGGAAAACACGCUAUUUGAAUUUGAAUUAAUAGAAAACUACAAAUUGCAACAGAUCAAUUAAUAAAUGUCUAUUGGAGAAAUGCAAAUAAACAAGCAUCUAAUGAUCAAACAACAAUUCAUUACGUACGUAAAAUAUACAGAAUUGUUAAAUGAAGAUUAUUAUAUUAUUUACAAAUCGAUCAGAAUGCAAGAUCAAUUCUAAUUGAAAAUGUAAUCUUUUUGUGAUUUACCUAGAUCUCAAUAGUGUUAGGAAGGUAAAGUAGUAUUGGGGGGACUGAGAGUCAGUUAAAAAGACGACAAAUUAAUUAUUAGAGGUUACUUAGAUGGCGAUUUUUAAAUUAAGGCUGGAUUUAACUUGACAAUCAAAACUCUAAGAGAUAAAGUUAUUGGAUGUAUCAAUAAAGUGAAGGAAUUAUUUAAUUGA